AUGAGACCGCGUAGCGGAUAUCGAUACUCGCGCAUUCACCCUGAACCGCAGUGUCUAGGCCUAAGCUUCCACGAAACAGCCAACUUCCAAAUAAUAUUCCAUCAUAAGCACAACGUUAUGAUCAUCAUGGUUGAUCGAUUGGAAAUCCUGUCUCGGAAACCCUCUGACGUUGUCGCCACGCAAGGCAUACAUCUCAUUACUCGACCGAACACCCCAGUUCUCGAAGUAGCUUAUCAUCAAAGAUUUAUUGCAGAAAUUACUAGAUCUCUAUCAAAGCUUAAAAUCCAAGGAUAUCUUCGACGGAGUAAAUACGGCUCAGCUGCUGAUGAAUGGCCUGCAAGACACACUCCUCCCGAAAUAAGGGAGAAAUAUUCUGCCAAGAUGAAAGCCUGGGAGAAAGCCUUCCAUGAAGUGUGUUCCAGUGAAGAUGGUAUCAGUGACGAAAUUAGUGACAGUGCCGAGGAGAAUUAUGCUACUAUCGACAGCGAGGGUGGUGGAGAGACUGGCCAGAUAGCACCUAAGACGGCACCCAGAAACAAGUCACCAGAAACAAGCCCAUUUCCGACGCCGACGCCACUAAGAGACAAGAGCAAAUGGGUCACACGAGGAAAGCCACAAGCAGCCACGGAUUGA